AUGGUGUCCCCCAUCUCAACAAGUCCAUCCGAUCGCCCAAAGUCCUCAUCCCAAGCCAUCCCCCAAGCUCCCAUCUCAACGACUCCAUUUGAUCGCCCCAAGUCCUCCAAAACUAAGCCCCCAUCCCAACACGUCCAUCCCAUUGCCCGAAGCCCUCAUCCCAAACCAUCCCCCAAGCUCCCAUCUCAACGACUCCAUUUGAUCACCCCAAGUCCUCCUCCAAAACUAAGCCCCCAUCCCAACACGUCCAUCCCAUUGCCCGAAGCCCUCAUCCCAAACCAUCCCUCUAAGCCCUCAUCCCAAAAUAUCCCCCUAAGCCCCCAUCCCAACACGUCCAUCCCAUUGCCCCAAGCCCUCAUCCAAAACCAUCCCCCUAAACUCCCAUCUCAACGAGUCCCCCUUAUCCCAACCAGCUCAGCCCAUCACUCCAAGCUCUCAUCACCAGUCCUACCCAUCACCCCAUCCCCCAUCGAAACAAUCCCAACCCAUCACCCCAACCCCAUCAGUCCUACCAUCAUCCCAAGCUCUCAUCCCAACCAGCCCAGCCAGUUGCUGAUUGACUGCCCAGCAACCUCCCGGCCCAUCAUCCCAAGCCCUCAUCCCAACCAGCCCAACCCAGAAGCUGACUUACUAUCCAGCAACCUCCCUGGCCCCUCAGCACUUAUAAAUUUGACUCCCCGAGCCAAGCUCCAAGGCCCUUGGUGA